GCGCGGGAGCGGGGGGCGAGUCGGCUCCGGCUGCAGACCGGUGAUUGCCGCUAAAUAAACCGCUUCGAGGUAUUGUCGGGGCAACUGGCCGUGGCUUCUGCUCGGGAAUACAGCUUCAGUGAUGAUUUUUUUGAAGGAGAAUUGGGCGUAAACCGGAGGGGAAAGGGUUUGCCUGUUCUACCAGCAGGAGUCCAAUGGGCUGAAUGGCCGCGGUCUGAGCCGCCUGGUUCCACAAAGCGGGGAAUGAGCGUUAAAUUGACGGGGUGUCGAACGCACCUUUCAGCCUUUCACUGGUGCUUUCACCGGCAGGUUCGGCUGCAGAAGACAGGAGUAAGCCACGGCUAGGGCGUGAGUAAUGACAAGACAUGGGAAGAACUGCACAGCAGGGGCUGUGUACACGUAUUAUGAGAAGAAGAAAGACACAGCUGUCUCGGGCUAUGGGACACAGUCCCUGCGUCUCAGCAAGGAUGCCAUCAAGGACUUCGAUUGCUGCUGUCUGUCCUUGCAACCCUGCAAGGAUCCUGUCAUAACGCCGGAUGGUUACAUAUAUGAAAAAGAAGCAAUUCUUGAGUACCUCUUGCACCAGAAAACUGAAAUUGCCAAAAAGAUGAAGGCUUAUGAGAAGCAGAAGAAUGUCAAGAAGGUGGAGAUGGCAGAGCUGGCAAAGGCAGAGAAGGAAACCAAGGUCAAAGCGUUUCUGGAGAAAGAGUCGACCAUUGUGAGCAAGCCCCUGAAUCCCUUCAGCUCCGGAGGGGGAGAAACCCCGGCUGGCUCUUCAACAAAAGCUGUUCAGCAAGAGAAGGAGAAACAUUUACCCAGCUUCUGGAUCCCGUCACUCACUCCAGAGGCUAAAGCAUCGACCCUGAGCAAACCAGACAAGACGAUCUACUGUCCCAUGAGCGGGAAGCCCCUGAAGAUGAAAGACUUGAUCCCAGUGAAGUUCUUGCCAGUGGAUGAUAAACUUGACCGUGUGCAGCUCAUCACAAAGCAGGAACGCUACAUCUGUGCCGUAACCCGGGACGCACUGGGAAACUCCGUGCCCUGUGCUGUACUGCGCCCAUCAGGAGCUGUGGUCACCAUGGAGUGCGUAGAGAAACUGAUUAAACAGGACAUGGUGGAUCCAAUCAGUGGGGAGAAACUGACAGAGAAGGAUAUCAUCCCAAUUCAGAGGGGUGGGACUGGAUUUGCGGGAUCCGGUGUCAAAUUGGAGGCAAAGGAGUCGAGGCCAGUGAUGCAGGCGUAACGGGUGGAGUCAACAGAGCCCAUGGUGCAUCCGGCGUCUGACCAGCAGCAGGUUAAAGCGAAAAUGAAGCAGGUGGAAGGUCUCAUUUUUAUCGCCAUCACCAGCACUCCUCGUGCUUUGGUUUAGUACGGCUGAACUGUCUCUUUGCUCCCUUUUUAUUCCCUGACUUCUUGCUUAUUUAACACAAGGCAAACUUUGUCAUUACCAUUUCUCUCCUUCUACUGGAAUAAAGGAACUGUAAAUAUAA